AUGGGUCUUGAGAUCCGCUCCGAACUUCGCAGAAGUAGUCAGAGAAGGCCAUCACCAUCAUUACCCUUAAAAUUCAUAACUCGAAGUAGAACCUACCUGAGGAUGAUUUGGAGCAAUGAAGCACCAUUAUGCGCGAACUCAAGUGAGGAAAGUUUGAUGUUCCGCAGAUCCGACCUCCAACUCGACCGAGCGAGAGAUGGAGCACAAGUUAAAAGGUGCGCUGUGCUGUGCGAGACAUCCAGCCAAUCCUGUUUCGCUUUCCAACUUAUCAUAAGAAGUACCAUAAAUAAUAAUAACAACAACAACAACAACAACAACGAUAAUAAUAACAUUAAUAAUAAUAACUAUAAUACCUGCGAUGUGUUGUGUUACAACUUUAAUGUUGAUCUACCUGGUAACAUUUAUAAAGAGUCUCCCGAAAACUGCUACCUCUACACAGCAGCGAAGCCAAGUUACGUCAAAAUUUCGUCUUGGGGGGCAGAUGACUCGGCAAAGUAUUCCAUGGGGUCAAGCCCCUACAACACGAUUCAGACGAGCCAUCAGUGCUCGCUUGGAGUCAACAGAGGAGUGAAUUUGUACAGAGUAAACUUGGAAAAACAAAUCUUAUAUGAUUUUCGAAAUUUCGAUUCGUACACAGACCCGGAAGCUGGAUGGAGGAUGAUGAAUUACUUAGAAGUGACCAUUUGGUUUUAUAACUUUAUGUUUUGGUGUUUUUCGAACUUGGACAUCACUAAUUUGCAGUACCGCGGGAAGUGGCUGUUUAUUCGGCAGCAGGGAGCCACUGAAAAGACCUUGUCGUUUGUCGAUAACUCUCAAAAUGUUUUGACCAGAGAAUUUGUCGUUUACAGUACAGGUGAUGGCAAGCCAAACUGGAGAGGAAUGAAGAUGAAGACCGUUCAGUGA